CAAGCGGUCUUGGCAGUGUCGCGCGCUUAUUUUUCUACAUAUUAUUAUCCUUCUUGGAUAAUAUUGGAACCCGUUGAUUUUAAAUAACAUUUAUAAUAACGACGCGAUGGGUCACGUCGCCCAAAUAGCCGCGUCUUUCUUCACUUUUUCCAUCGUUGCGUUCGCCCAAACGCCGAUUAAAUUCCUGAUCGUAACCGAGAGCACGGAUGUGACGAUUAAGGGGGUGAUAAACGAGGUACUCGCGAUCGCGGAAAAGGAUUUUGGCGGUGGCGUAUUGAGGAUGGACGCCGUCAUUAUCGAAGUCAACCGUGAAGACCUCGACUCGAGUCUGGAUAAUGCCUGUGCAGCCAUGAUGAGCGGAAUCACGAUGCUCUUGGAUUUGACGUGGACCGGUUGGGAACAAUUGCAAAAAAUAGCCGCUUCGAAUACGAUUAUUUACAGACGCGGUGAACUGGCCAUUUUGCCGUACAUUCAGGCUCUCGAUGACUUGUUGACCGAUAAAAAUGCGACCGACAUGGCCCUCAUCUUCGAAAACGAACAAGAUUUGAACCAAUCGUUGUAUUACUUGAUUGGAGAAUCGAUAAUACGGUUGGUCGUUAUCGAUGAACUGUCGGAUGCAACGAUCGCUAAAAUUCGUGCCGUCAGACCAUCGCCCUCGUAUUACGCGAUUUUUGCGACAACCGAUCGAAUGGAAUAUCUCUUCAAGACCGCUCUCGAUGGAGGAUUGGUGAGGAGAAACGGGACCUGGUACCUUCUGUUUACCGACAGGAAGUAUCAAAAUUUCAAAUACAUCUCGGGUGGUGCCGAGUUGAACGUAACCGUCGACGUUAUCACGAUGAGCACGCGAUCCUGCUGUCAGAUACUCGGUCAAGUGCCCUGCAAAUGUCCCGACGAUUUCCAGGUAUUUCCACACUUUGUCAAAAGAUUGAUCGGCAUUUUUGUGGCAACUUUUGCCGAAAUGAUUAGAAACGGAGUGAGUUUCAAAGUAAAGUCGUUCAAGUGCGAAAUCGGUAAUACAACUAAUGCGACGCAUCCUCUGACGAAAGCCUUCAACGUAACACUCGCCGGGCUAUUGCUCCAAAACGAUUUACUUCGGUACGAGGACAAGUACAUGAUUUUGGCGCCUCGUGUAACCAUGGAGUUCGAGACCCUCAAAGAUGGUAAUCUGGAGAGACUCGGCAAUUGGACGCAGCAGGACCGCAUUAAUCUUGCACCGGGAAAACAAAAUUUACCGGCUAAACGUUAUUUCAGAGUUGGAACAACCGAGGCCGUACCGUGGUCAUCGAUAAAGAGAGAUCCGGUGACCGGUUUACCGGUGAAGGACAGCGAGGGUAAAGACAUUUGGGAAGGAUACUGCAUCGAUUUUAUCAAAGAACUUUCCGUACAAUCUAACUUUGAUUACGAUCUCGUGAUUCCCGAGGAUAUGUCUUUUGGUGAAAAACUGCCGAAUGGAAAGUGGACAGGACUGGUGGGUGACCUCGCUCGAGGAGAAACUGACAUCUCGAUCGGCGCAAUGACGAUGACCUCCGAACGCGAGGAAGUCGUUGACUUUGUAACACCGUUUUUCGAACAGUCCGGUAUACUCAUUGGUGUGAUGAGAAAACCUUCACGGAAAACAUCUCUCUUCAAAUUCAUGACCGUCCUAAGACUGGAAGUCUGGCUCAGUAUAGUCGGAGCUCUGACACUCACUGGAAUAAUGAUCUGGAUUUUGGAUAAAUAUUCUCCCUACAGCGCUCGAAACAACAAAAAAAUUUAUCCUUAUCCCUGCAGAGAAUUCACGCUCAAAGAGAGCUUCUGGUUUGCCCUGACUUCAUUCACACCUCAGGGUGGCGGGGAAGCCCCGAAAGCUCUUUCCAGCAGAACACUCGUCGCAGCUUAUUGGUUAUUCGUCGUUCUCAUGCUCGCAACGUUUACCGCGAACCUCGCCGCUUUUCUCACGGUCGAGAGAAUGCAGUCACCGGUCCAAUCGCUCGAACAGCUGGCUCGACAAUCGCGAAUCAAUUAUACCGUGCUGGCCAACUCGACGAUCCACCAAUAUUUUACAAAUAUGAAAAAUGCCGAAGAUAAGCUUUACAAUGUAUGGAAGGAAAUAACUCUCAACAGCACGAGCGAUCAGAUCGAGUACAGAGUUUGGGAUUAUCCUAUAAAAGAACAGUACGGUCAUAUUCUUUUGGCCAUCUCGCAAGUUGGCCCCGUUAAAACGGCCGAGGAAGGUUUCCGGAAGGUUCUCGAAAGUGACGACGCCGAGUUUGCGUUCAUUCACGACUCCGCUGAAAUAAAGUAUCAAGUAACAAGAGAUUGCAACUUGACCGAAGUCGGGGAAGUUUUUGCCGAACAACCGUACGCAAUUGCGGUACAACAGGGCAGCCACCUUCAGGAGGAAAUAAGCAGAAGAAUAUUGGAUCUCCAAAAGGCAAGAUAUUUCGAGCGAUUGGCCGGAGAAUAUUGGAACAGCACUCUCAAAAAUCAAUGUCAAAAUGUCGACGAUAACGAGGGUAUUACACUGGAAAGUCUUGGGGGUGUGUUCAUCGCGACGCUGUUCGGCCUGGCGCUUGCGAUGAUAACACUUGCCGGGGAGGUGAUUUAUUAUCGGCGAAGAAAUUCUCUCAACAAUGACAACAAGUCGAAAGAAGCUGAACAACGAGCGAAGGAACGGCGGCGCUAUGAAAAAUCGAUGAUGGACAAAAUAACGGAAAACUUGAAGAUGAUGAAACCGGCCCCGAGCGUGGGGGCUUUCGUUGACAGGCCCCUCGGCCCCAGACCACGCGUAUCACAUAUUUCCGUUUAUCCCCGCAACUUUCCAUUCAAGGAAUAAUCAGCAGACUCGUUAUUUUUACAAAUAUAUAGCUUUGCAUUUAACAAAUUUCGGACUAUCGCACUCGAGUUUCUCGAAUCUCGAAUAAAUGUCUUGUUUAUGUAA